AUGUACAAAAUCUUCCAAGAAAAUAAAGGCGAAUGUGCAAAAUCAUUGGAAGAAACUAAAGGCGAAUGUGCAAAAUCGUUGGAAGGAACUAAAAGCGAAUGUGCAAAAUCGUUUGAAGAAAAUAAAGGCAAAUGCACAAAAUCGUUAAAAGAUAAUAGAGCUAAAUGUACAAAAUCGUUUGAAGAAAAUAAAGGCGAAUGUACAAAAUCGUUAGAAGAAAAUAAAGCCGAAUGUACAAAAUCUUUCCAAGAAAAUAAAGGAAUGUGCAAAAUCGUUGAAGAAACUAAAGGCGAAUGUGCAAAAUCGUUGGAAGGAACUAAAGCGAAUGUGCAAAAUCGUUUGAAGAAAAUAAAGAAAAGCGAAUGUACAAAAUCGUUGGAAGAAAAUAAAGGCGAAUGUACAAAAUCGUUAGAAGAAAAUAAAGCCGAAUGUACAAAAUCUUUCCAAGAAAAUAAAGGCGAAUGUGCAAAAUCGUUGGAAGAAACUAAAGGCGAAUGUGCAAAAUCGUUGGAAGGAACUAAAAGCGAAUGUGCAAAAUCGUUUGAAGAAAAUAAAGGCAAAUGCACAAAAUCGUUAAAAGAUAAUAGAGCUAAAUGUACAAAAUCUUUGGAAGAAAAUAAAGGCAAAUGUGCAAAAUCGUUGCAAGAAACUAAAGGCGAAUGUGCAAAAUCGUUGGAAGAAAAGAAAAGCGAAUGGAAUAAAGGCGAAUGUACAAAAUCUUUGGAUGAAAAUAAAGGCGAAUGCACAAAAUCGUUGGAAGGAAAUAAAGGCGAACGUACAAAAUCGCUGGAAGAAAAUAAGGACGAAUGUACAAAAUCGUUGGAAGAAAAUAAAGGCGAGCGUACAAAAUCGUUGGAUAAAACUAAAGGCGAAUGUACAAAAUCGCUGGAAGAAAAUAAGGACGAAUAG